CUCCACGUGCGCGGCCGGAGGCGGCCCCGGUGCCGGUCCCGCCUCGCCGCUCCCCGGGCUCCGUCCUCCCGGGGCCGCAGCGGGCGGCGGCUCCGCAGCUCCCGGGGCCGCGCUCCGCGAUGGCUUUCGCCAAUUUCCGCCGCAUCCUGCGCCUCUCCGCCUUCGAGAAGCGCCGCUCCAAGGAAUACGAGCACGUCCGCCGCGACCUGGACCCCGGCGAGGUGUGGGAGGUGGUGGGCGAGCUGGGAGAUGGAGCCUUCGGCAAAGUCUACAAGGCCAAGAACAAGGAAACAGGAGCUUUGGCAGCUGCCAAGGUCAUCGAGACCAAGAGCGAGGAUGAGCUGGAGGAUUACAUGGUGGAGAUUGAGAUCCUGGCCACCUGUGACCACCCCCACAUCGUCAAACUGCUGGGAGCCUUCUACUGGGAUGGCAAACUCUGGAUCAUGAUCGAGUUCUGCCCGGGCGGGGCCGUGGAUGCCACGAUGCUGGAGCUGGACCGGGGUCUGACUGAGCCCCAGAUCCAGGUGAUUUGCCGCCAGAUGUUGGAAGCUCUGCACUACCUGCACAGCAAAAGGAUCAUCCACAGGGACCUGAAGGCUGGCAACGUGCUCCUCACCCAGGAUGGGGACAUCAAGCUGGCUGACUUUGGAGUGUCUGCCAAGAACAUGAAAACCUUGCAGAAGCGAGAUUCCUUCAUUGGGACCCCUUACUGGAUGGCCCCGGAGGUGGUGAUGUGUGAGACCAUGAAGGACACUCCCUACGACUACAAGGCUGACAUCUGGUCCCUGGGGAUCACCCUGAUCGAGAUGGCCCAGAUUGAGCCACCCCACCACGAGCUCAACCCCAUGAGGGUCCUGCUGAAGAUCGCCAAGUCCGACCCGCCCACGCUCAGCUGCCCUUCCAAAUGGUCCCUGGAGUUCAGAGAUUUCCUGAAGAAGGCGCUGGACAAGAACCCAGAGACCCGGCCCAGUGCUGCCCAGCUGCUGGAGCACCCCUUUGUCAGCAAGGUGACCAGCAACAGGGCCCUGCGGGAGCUGGUGGCCGAGGCCAAGGCUGAGGUCAUGGAGGAGAUCGAGGACAGUCGGGAUGAAGCAGAGGAGGAUGACUCCUCGGAGUCUGCCUCGCCCCCUGGGAAGCACAAGCGGGACCCGUCCGAGGUGAGCCAGCUGAGCCUUGAUGGGGAGAAACCUCCGGACUCGCCCUUGCCCAAAGCUGUGAACGGCUCCACGGGGACUGGCAAGGACACCACAGAGCCACAAAGCCAGAGCCACAAAGCCUCGGACAAAGGGAUGAGCAGUGACAGUGACAAACUGGGGAGCAACCACUCCACAAAACCCAGCUCGGCCUCCUCGGCCGCCCAGGACAAGCCGGACAUCAUCCUGCAGCCAGGACAUUUGGGAAGCUCAGCGGAGGGGAACAAGGAGCCCAGGCCAGGCAGGGAGGAGAGGAAGAGCCUUGGGGAGAGGAAGAGCCUUGAGGAGAGGAAGAGCAUCAGGGAGGGGAAGAGCCUUGAGGAGAGGAAGAGCCUUGAGGAGAGGAAGAGCAUUGGGGAGGGGAAGAGCCUUGAACAGAGGAAGAGCAUCGGGGAGGGGAAGAGCCUUGAGGAGGGGAAGAGCAUGGGGGAGAGGAAGAGCAUCGUGGAGCGACCAGAGAGUGUUUUCCUGGAGAACUUCAGCGAGGAGAAGCUGGUCAAUGGAAGCCUGGAGCCCCUGGGGCCAUUCCCCCGCUCCAAAAGGGACUCGGAUUCCGGCAGCACUUCGGCCUCCGAGAGCAUGGACCUCACCAUCUCCUUGUCUGCUGACCUGUCCCUCAACAGGGAGAGCGGCUCCAUCUCCCUCAAGGACUCCCGGCUGCAGAAGAAGACCCUGAAACGCACCCGCAAGUUCGUGGUGGACGGCGUGGAGGUGAGCGUCACCACCUCCAAGAUCAUCAGCGAGGAUGAGAAGAAGGAUGAAGAAAUGAGGUUCCUCAGGCGCCAGGAGCUGCGGGAGCUGCGUCUCCUGCAGAAGGAGGAGCACAGGAACCAGGCCCAGCUGAACAGCAAACACCAGCUGCAGCAGGAGCAGAUGCUGCGGCGCUUCGAGCAGGAAAUGAUGGCCAAGAAGAAGUUCUACGACACGGAGCUGGAGAACCUGGAGCGGCAGCAGAAGCAGCAGAUCGAGAGGAUGGAGCAGGAGCACGCGCUGCGCCGGCGCGAGGAGGCCAAGCGCAUCCGCCUGGAGCAGGAGCGCGACCACGGCCGCUUCCUGGAGCAGCUCAAGCAGAUGAAGAAGGAGGUCAAGAACGAGGUUGAGAAGCUUCCACGGCAGCAGCGCAAAGGGAACCUGAAGGCGAAGAUGGACGACUUCACCCAGAAAAAACAAACCAUGGAACAGGAGUUUUUGGCCAAGCAGAAGGAGGACCUGGAGCAGGCCAUGAAGAACAUCAUUGCCCAGAACAAAAGAGAGAUCUGUGACAAGGAGCGUGAGUGCCUCAACAAGAAGCAGCAGCUGAUGAGAGACCGGGAAGCUUGCAUGUGGGAUCUGGAGGAGCGUCAGCAGCAGGAGAAGCACCAGCUGGUCAAGCAGCAGCUGAAGGACCAGUAUUUCCUCCAGAGGCACGAGCUGCUCCGGAAGCACGAGAAGGAAAGGGAGCAGAUGCAGCGCUACAACCAGCGCAUGCUGGAGCAGCUGAAGGUGAGGCAGCAGCAGGAGAAGGCCCGGCUGCCCAAAAUCCAGCGCAGCGAGGGCAAGACCCGCAUGGCCAUGUACAAGAAGAGCCUGCACAUCCACUCCAGCGGCAGCGCCUCCGAGCAGAGGGAGAAGAUCAAACAGUUUGCUCUGCAGGAGGAGAAGAGGCAGAAAGCAGAGCGGCUGCACCAGCAGCAGAAGCACGAGUCACAGAUGAAGGACAUGCAGGCCCAGUGUGAGAGCAACACCAACGAGCUCCAGCAUCUCCAGAAUGAGAAGUGUCACCUCCUGAUCGAGCACGAAACCCAGAAGCUGAAGUCCCUGGAUGAGAGCCACAACCAGCACAUGAAGGAGUGGCGGGACAAGCUGAGACCACGGAAGAAGGCCCUGGAGGAUGAGCUGAACCAGAAGAAGCGUGAGCAGGAGAUGUUCUUCAAGCUGAGCGAGGAGGCCGACGGACAGGUGCCAGUGUCCCCCAGCAAACACGCCAAGUUCGUCCCCUUCAGCUCCUCAGAGAGCUUGUAACACCUGGCAGGCCACCAGCUGGUACUGGCCGUGUCCUCCUGGGCUGCAGGGGGCAACUUGGACUGGGAAGAGCCAAGGGGAAGCAGCCCCUUCUCACCACAGCAGCCUCCUGUCCCCGCGCUCUGCCUGGGAUCAACGUGGCCUCUGCGCUGAGGGAUGCUGGCUGCAACUUGGGGUGGCUUUCCCAGGAGCUCCGGGCUGGGAAUUGGGGCAGGACCCUCUCUGGAUUGUACUUGCACUGAUGGCUGGAUGCUUCCUGGGUGAGCCUGGUGCUCACUGGGUUUGUCAGCUCAGACUGGAGCAGUGACCACUCUGACCAGGAGAAACAGCCCCUCAGGGCAGGGCUGUCACCUCCCUCUCCACCGUGGCUGCUCCUGUCCCAGUCCUUUGUAAGGCCUGGCCUGGGGCACAGCAGCUCUGGCAUUGUCUUAAACUCACCUUGGCCUUAGACUUACUCCUCUCCACCGUGGCCCUUUUAUUGCCACAGAGAGACAGAGAUUUGGGGUUUUUUUUGCCUAGGGAGGGCUGGGUUUUUUCUUUCCUCCUGCUCCCCACGCAGACUGCACAGAAAGGCACUGGAUGGCCUCCCAAAGAUGCUUCUGCUCUUCCUUUGCUGUCACAGUGGCACCACAGCCCCUCUGGCACUAGCUCUGUUUCCAGAGGCUGGCUGUGGGCUGCAGGCUUUGCUUUGAGGCAGUGCAGGUGCAGAGGGGACGUUGGGGACAGCGCUCGGCCCUGCGGGGACACGGUGGAGUGGCUGUCACUGCCACGUGCCUUUGGGAGGAGGGGGGUGAAGGGUGUUACAGCCACACUCUCAUGAUCACACGGGCGCUCGAGGCUGGUUUUUAAGUGGUUUCUGUGUGGGGCCAUGUGGGUCAGGCAGCCUGGCCAGGGGGUUUUGGCUGCAGAGCAUCCUUUGGGAGGAGCGAAGGAGCAGUGGAACACGGGAAGAGGAGAUCCAAAGUUGCUCCCAGCAUCUCCUUGUCCACUGAUGUCUCAUCUCCCUGUGAUGUGCACAGCUUUUUGGAUGGUUCUCCUGGCUGGGUGUCGUGGCAGAGUGGCAGAGCAGGUCCUCUGUCCUUUCUGUCCCCUCCUCCUGCACAAGGCAGGGCUGUGCUGAGCUGCUGGGUGGGACUGGGAGCACAGAGCUGGGGAGGGGUCAGGGACCUCACUGGCAGCACCUUCUUCUUUACACGACCCAAAGGUGUAAGGCAGCACUUAAAGUUUUUUUUUCUGGACAACAUUGUUUGUUUUAGACCUGUUUCUUUAGCAAGAAAAAAAUAUUUCUGCUUUAAAAAAAAAAAAGGAAAUAGAAGAAAAAGUUGUUAUUUUCAAGUCCCCUCUGUUGAUUUACUGGCAUUUCAGGGAAAGGUGGUUGUGAUGUGCCUCACUUCUAGGUACUGGCUGAAGGAGGCAGCCCCCAGGUCUUUCUCUGGAUCUGGGGAGGGCAUUCCCUACCCUUUUAGAGCUCCUAAUCCAUAUUUAUAAGCUUCCUGCAAGCUAGCAAGGCUCUGUCACUUCGGGCCAUUCCAGGUUACCUCUGAUGUCACAGCAGUGAUGUCUCUGUUAAUGAACACAGGAAGGGUUCCUGCCCCACCUCCAGAAGUGUGGAUUGUGCCUUCCAGAUGUGAAAACACCGGGCUGGGAGCUGAUGGGAGGUUAACGAAUGCCAAGGAAUGUUCCUAAAUGGGACAAGGGGCUGAUUGGAGACUUCUGACCCCCUUAGGAAUGUGCUAUAGCAGCCGCAGUGGUUCUGGUUCUGGUUCUGGUCCUGCUGGAGCUGUUCUGUGCAAGGGCUGUGUGCCAGGAAUCAGAGCCUGUCCCUGAGGGGCCCUGAGGAUGCUGUGCUGCAGCAGCACCCUGUCAACCCUCAGCUGAGGGGCUCUGCUGCCUUCUCCAGCAGCUCAGGCAGCACCACCCCUCUCUGGACACCCUGCAGCCACCAGGAAAGGUUUUCUGGGGGCUCUCCAAGCUGAGGCACUGCCCCCGUGGUAAAUCAGGUAUCCCUUCCUGGGUGUCAGCUUGGAGAGAGCAUCACAGCCCUGGUAAAUCAGGUAUCCCUCCCUCCCAGGGUAAAUCAGGUAUCCCUCCCUCCCAGGGUAAGUCAGGUAUCCCUCCCUCCAGUCCAGCUGGGUUUCAGCUUGGAGAGAGCAUCACAGCCCUGCUGACAGAGGCAGGAAUGGCUCUGUCCCCCCGUUUUUGUUCUCUCCCUGGGUGUGCCAGGCUCCAGUACCGUGUCUCUCACCUAGAAGGGGUGCACAUCAUCUGACUGUUAUGUUUACAGCAUGGUUAUCAUUUUCUCUCCUUUCAAAAGAGGAUUUUUUGGUUGUUCUCUGUUCAGAAGGAACCACAAUUAAACUCAGCUUGCUUUUCAGGUGGGGAUGGGACACGAUUUUAAAAAUUGUGGCUUCGAAUAAAAAGGGUUUUUUAAAAAUAUAUUUUGUAAAAUAUCUUCAGUGGGGCCACCACCACGAUGUAAAGACCUCUCUAAUAAAGUAACAGACUGAAAAACCUG